ACUCCGCUCCGGUCACAUAGCAUCAACGCGCGGCGCUUUAACUCCUGCACCGCCCUCAGCGUGAGGACGAGCUUGAUGGAGGGUUUCGCGGCACACUUGUAGGACCGAACACACACUUGAAGUGAGGAUGCCACAGGUGAACGCGCGCAUCUGUGGAUUAUUGGUGUUGAUGUGGAGUGUCUGAGUCGGGCUCGAGGGAAGCGCGGCGAAGCCACCGGGAUGGUUCGCUUGCUCAACUGCCUGCUGCUCGGAUACCUGACCUGGAACUUGCGGAUAUCGGACGCUCAAGGAGAGUAUUGCCACGGCUGGCUGGACGCUAACGGCAACUACCACGAUGGUUUCCAGUGUCCGGAGGGCUUCGACACGGCGGACGCCACCGUGUGCUGCGGCUCCUGCGCCCUUCGCUACUGCUGCGCUGCCGCGGACGCUCGACUGGACCAGGGCGGCUGCACCAACGACCGGGAGGUGGACAACACUGAAUACGCUGCACAGCCCGUCUACAUGCCCUUCCUUAUGGUGGGCAGCAUCUUCAUUGCCUUCGUGGUGGUGGGCUCCCUGGUGGCCGUCUACUGCUGCACCUGCCUGCGGCCCAAGCAGCCGGCCCAGCAGCCCAUCCGUUUCUCCCUGCGCAGCAACCAGGGUGAAACCAUCCCCAUGAUCCUCACCACGGCGCCCCCUAGCCAGCGGGCACCGUCUCGCCAGUCCAGCACAGCGACCACCAGCUCCAGCUCCGCCGGAGGGGGCAGCUCCAUGCGUCGUUUUUCUCUCGGGGGACAGCAGCAGCAGCAACACGGCUGCUUAGUGUCGGCCACCGUCUCUUCCUCGGCCUCCACCCCCAUCCAAGCUCCGCAGACUCUACCUCCACCUCCUCCCCCCUACAUGUCGGGAGGCCUGCAACACCCCUCCAGCCACACUCUGCAGCUCCACCAGCCUACCAUGACCCCUCACCCCUCGCAGGGCGCCGGCUUCCUCCUGCCGCAGCAGUACUUCUUCCCCCUGCAGCCGGACGCUUUCACAGCAGCCAAGGGCUUCGCUGACUUUGGCCAGAGCUGAUAUAGUGACCACCAGCCAGACUCCCGCCGCACCUGAUGGCCAAACCAGGGCUGCCUCACAAGGCUGAUAGGACACUUCCUCUUCAGCAUCUCUCUGGAUCUUUAUGACCAGUCUUUACCUCACUCAGGGUCUGUGACUGUAAGCAGCCAAAACUGAGGUCGACUUGGGUCGGGGGUGACUUUGAUAGUCACUUGAACCCACUCGCUACUUGUGAAUCAUGAGCUGUUGCCAUGUAGCGUUGUGGUGGGUACGGUAGCAGCUGGAAUUCUCACUGAACAUUUAAGCCAGAUCAGAUUGGGUUUGCUUCAUCUGUCUUCACAUUACAAGCCUCAAUGUUCAAUGCAGUGAUCAGCUUUGUUAGCAUUGACUUUACGCUAACAUUGAAGCAUCUGCCCAAUGUGACAUGCAUGCUAGAUUUAAUCUUUGGAUUAUUUUCAUAUUUCUUUUUGUUUUGUGACUUGCAACCAAAGCUCAAAUUUUUGUUUAAAUAAAAAUUGGAUAUCUAAAAUAUAAUUUACCAGCAAAAACAGUUUUUUAAGGCCUUUAACGCUUUAUGAAGCGCCUUCACUUAGUGGCUGACAAAAAUGGUGAGUUAAACAGUUAAAAUAAUAAGACCAAUAUAAAAAAAAUGAACUUUUUUUUAAAUCACAGAAAAGAAACAAGUAAAAAAUUACUCUGGGGAAAAUUUUUUUUGUAUUUAUUUGCAUUCACCGAGAUGUAAUAAAAUAAUUCAUCAGGCAAUUUUAUUUUCACUUGUUUGAAAAGAAAAUUGAAAGCUUGUAAAAGCAAAAUUUACCUGAAAUUUUGCUUUUUAUAUUCUCAUGAGCUGACAGUAGCAGUUCUCUUUCAAUUGCUUAAUUUAUUAUUUUUCACUGAAAAACUUCAGUUAAAAAAUAUAAUCUCAUAAAUUAUGUUAAUGGUUAAAAAAUGCUGUUGUUUAUUCAUUAAUAUCUCUGAAUUCAGCAAAUAUUUUACCAACAUAUUGACAGCGCUGCUGUACUUUUUAAAAUGUGGAACCAUAAAGGUGUCGAACGUCAACAACAAUGAUGAGCUAAUCCAUGACAAAAGAUUGCCUCAAUUGAACAAGGCUUGUAAUGUGACUAACAUUUGCACUUUUGAUUCUACGUUGUUUUUUUUUUUUUAAUACUUGCUGUGUUUUAAAUAGAUAUUUUGUCGCUGAGUUUUAUAAAAAAAAUAAAAAAAAUCUGCCUGGUUUGUGAUGAUAGAAUGGACUUUGGGAGACUUAUGUAUUUUGACAAUCGCAGAUUCAGAUACCAGGCAUUGAUUUUGUAAUGUUCGAUAUGUGCAGCUGUUUAAUAAAACAGGGUCGUCAUAACCUCAAAAUCUGGAUGCGAGUUAUCAGCUUUAAACAUCAUCUUUGACACACACACCCCUGCGACUGAGGAGAAAUCAGAUCGGCCGGAGCUCGGUACCUGUCCCUGGUUCUCUUGCCAGACUUCACAGCAGGAAUGUGCCGCUGAGACCCGUCAUUGUCAGUGCUCAAUGAGCAUGGCACGGUCGCAGUGUUAAAAACAACUCGCCCUCAGAGAGAGAGGAGGUGGUUUGGGUUGCACAGACAGGUAUGGCUCAAUCUCCACUGAGAUUCUGCCGUCGACUCGCCAUCAGACCGGAGGUUUCUCAAGUGAAAUGCACGUCAGAGAGUCUGUUGGAAAAAUGUCCCCUCAGCUGUGGUGUGUGAUGGAUUCCUUCUGCUGGAUCAGAUAGAUAUUUCAGGGAGGCAGUUUGUAUCAAGCAAUUUCAUCCAAUUUGAUUCACUUUGCAAAAACAUUUCUCAGCUUUCAUUUACGAGCCAAGUGAGUGCUGACAGUAUGGGUCAGUAUUUACCCCACACAAUGGUUGAGACGGUGACUGUUCCAUAGUUCCACAGUGGGAGUCCUGCUUCUGAGUCAACAAAUAUUUGGUAGAUAUAUGACUUUAAGUAUGAGUAAAAGCUAGUAGGGUUAUCACAGGGUCAGUAGCCUGCACGAGCAGGGAAGGUCUGGACGUUGUAUUGAAGUACUGCAUUUCAUAAAUGCAACUAUUUCAAGAAUGGUGCACCUAUAUCCUUCAUCUAGCAAGUACAGACAAAGGCAGUGAAUUGGCCGUCCAUAUAGUGAGUUCAGUGGUGAUGAAAAUUGACCUUGUUCUCCAUGGCGACAGGAUAUUCGACUCAACAACCACCUGCUGUUCUACUUGGGUAUCAGUCUGUUCAGCUCAGUCCAGGACAAAAGCCUUGCUGGCUAUUGUAUUGCCACUUAUGAACCAUGUAUCGCAUGACAUUGACAAUAAGCGCAAAGAAGUAAUGAUGGCCU